ACAAACGUGUCGGCGACCUGACGUUUGGUUUCAACUAUGCCUGUUAGUAAGAAUGCAAAGAUCAGCCAGCAUGUUAAUUAUAGGAUUAGAUGUACCAUGCAAGAUGGCCGGCAACUAGUAGGGACGUUCAAAGCUUUCGAUCGUCACAUGAAUAUAAUAUUGUGCGAUUGCGACGAGUUUCGCCAAGUCAAAAACAAGACAGCAAAGCAAGACAAGGAUCGCCAGGAAAAACGGGCUCUAGGCCUUGUUCUUUUGCGAGGUGAACAUGUUGUUACUAUGAAUGUAGAUGGUCCCCCACCUCCUGAAGAUGCCGCCCGAGUUCCGCUCCCUACAGCAGGUGCUUGGUCAACUGGAGUUAAGCCAUUGACUGGUAUUGCUGUCGGGCGCGGCAUGCCCCUUGCGACCCCAGCAGCAGCUAUUGCCCCAGCUCCACCUGCUGGUUUAGGUGGGCCAGUUUGGGGAGUCGGAGCACCAGCACCGGGUCUAAUGCAGCCACGAGCGCUUCCUGGCAUGCCACCUCCACCUCCUCCCCCUGCAGGCGCACCAACUGCGGCGUUCGGUCGUGGAAUGCCAACUGUCACCGCUGUGCGAGGAUAUCCUCCUCCUCCACCUCCACCUCCUCCUGGAUAUCAUUGAGACGCAAUCUGACUCAUGGUAUCUAUCCCAGAUAACCACUUAUUAUCGCGGAGAAGUUUUGUAAAAGCAUUUACUUGUUUCAAUAUACUUUUUUAAGCACUUUGACGUUCAUAUUUUCUAUAAAAUCCUUUGCUGUGGGUCGCUUCCCUCCUUUUACUAAUUGGAUUUCGUGACUGACACCAAUCAAAAUUCGUGGAUUAUUUAUUUAAUAGGACUAUAGGUUAUCCAGCUCAAUAUUAGGGUUUUACAAUUAAGCUUAGUGGACAAAAAAGAUAUGGGACUGUUCUCUAAGAGAAGAAUGAAAUGGCAG